AUGUCAUCUCUCAUCCGCAACCCGGCUCCCCUGCACCUGAGCCCCGAACUCACCAAGAAAAAGCCCAUCAUUGCCGGCCCAGGCACAACCGCCGCCGCCGCGUCCUCAAAGUCCCUAAACGACUCAGGCGACAAAGCCAACCUCGUCGAAUUCUGGCGCAACCCAGAGGCCGGCAACAUCUACCGCCACGCGGAGCACCUCACCUCCCCCGUGACCCCCUGCCUCGUCGACCACUCGCAGCUAUGCCAGACCGUGUCCUCGGCGUCGGCCAGCACGAAGACGAUCCAGGUCAUGGAUAUGUGCUGCGGUACCGGGGUCGUUUCGUCGCAUAUACAAAAGAUGAUGCGGGAGUUGCCUGGGCAGCAGAGGGAGAGGGUGCGGUUGACGAGCGCGGACUCGAGUGAGGCGCAGUUGGGGGUUGUGAAGGAGAAGAUUGGGAGGGAGGGGUGGGUUGGGUGUGAGGUUAGGCAGGUUGAUAUCAUGAAUAUGUCGUUCCCCCCUGACCAGUUCGACGUCGUUAUCGUCGCCAUGGCGCUGAUGCUCGUGGCCGAUCCAUACACCUCCCUCAAUGAAUGCUACCGCGUCACCAAACCCGGCGGCACACUCGCAACCUCAACCUGGGUAACAGAAGGCUGGAUCUCCGACACCCGCGACGCAGUACGCAACCUCGCCCUGCCAGGCCAACCCCCCGUAUCCUGGCCCCAAUCCUCCAUCGAGCUGACCUCGCUCUGGGGCCCCGGCGCGUGGGAGUCCCCCUCGUUUGUCAAGAGCAUGUUCACCGCGGCCGGAUUCGUGGACGUGGAGGUGGACGUCGUGACUAAAUGGGUGCCAUUCUCCGGGGUUGAUGAGUGGUGUACGGUUUUCCAGGCUUUUAUGCACGGGGUCAUGGAGAGGUUCUGGACGAGGGCGCAGAGGGAGGGGUUGAAGGGGCGGUUGAUGCCGACGUUGAGGGCGUUCAUGGAGGAGAAGUAUCAGGGGCGGCCGUUUGAGGUUGAGAGGACUGUUUUGUUGGCUAGGGGGAGGAAGCCCGAGUGA